AUGGACGACGGAAAGGGGCAGACAACAAAUCGCGGUACUAAACGUCCAGCUGGCCCCGGGGCUGGAGAGGGUGGAAAGCGCCGAGCCCCUUACGCUAUAAGAGCCUGUGACGUCUGCCGGAGACGAAAGGGAAAGUGCAACGGCCGGCACCCCUGCGGGCACUGCUCAGAUCGGUCCCUUACCUGCUCCUACACCUCAGGGACCAGCGACAGCGACUGGCGAGCCAGCGUCACCAUCCCUAUCGCCCCGCCUUCGGAGCUCCUUGCAUCAGCUACACCUAUGGCUUCCACCGCCAACAUCACAACGACCGCAGAGCAGCGGCCUGAGAGGGCGUCGAUGGCGCCGCCACCCUCAUCAUUAUGGAACCCGGACGCAAUGCCGCUGAAUCGGGGAAGGCAAUCCGGGGACCUGAAUCAACUCAUUAUGAACCUGCAAGACCAACUGAACAACCUCGUCGCCCGCGUGAGGCAGACCAGCGUGGGCAGCGGAUCCGCCGUGAGCCAGCGAUCGCUUCCGAAUCAGGGCGAAGAGUCAAGUGCAGAUGCGCUGUCCUCGGUGCUACCACUACAGGGGGAGGUAACCAUCCCACCACUUCCUCCGCAGUCGCAGUCGCAGGCAUAUGAACAUUCUCGACGACGGACGUCGCGCCCGCCGUCUGCUGAAACUUCCACCAGCACCCCUCCCUCGCGCAGUGCUCUGGACACGGCUGGUGGUACCAUUAAUACUACUGAACCUUCCUCCUCAUCCAAGUCGGUAACACAUCGCUUCUACGGGCCGACGAGCCCGGAUUACAGCCUCAACGUUGCACAGAUGAGCAUGUACAAGGCCAGCUUCGCGAGCGCAGAGCCCAACGAGGGCUCCAAAUUGCCGAGUAUCGACGAUGACCAGUCGGACUCCGAAGAUGGCAUGUCACCAGUGGUCGCUGGCGGCCCAAACAACCGCGAUCACCGCGGCGAGGGCGCCAUGUCUGCCGCGAACGGCCUGUCGACUGGAGGCCCUGGAAAACAACUAUUGCUGCAGCAGCUUCUGCACUUCAAGACGAUACUGCCGAUGCGUGAGGCUGUACGGCUACUAUUCGUGUACCAAGAGGUGAUUGGGGACCUGCACCCCGUCUUCGAUAUCGAGAACCUAGUCGACCAGGUAGAGGGAUGGUACCGCGCGGUGGACUCGGCGAUAGACGAGUGCAGCUUGAUAAUUGCCAACCUUGCAUUGUGUACCGCUAUAUGCGCCGAUUCGGCGUCUACGCCGGAGAUGGAGCUGACGAUCUACUCGUCAUGUCGAGAUAUCGUCAAGUCAAUCAUUACGUCACCAACAAUAACAGUUAAUCAUGCCGUAAUCACAUUAUUAAUGCAAGCCAAGACACCUUAUCUAAAAGCCAUGAUCUCCUUCAUUCUCAUUAGUGAUAAAUUUAGCGAGCCGAGUACACGUGUCGCCAAAGGGGGCUCAUACGAGGACGACGACGAUUUUAACAUCAUGAAUUUCCAGAUCGAGCAGUGGCGGCAGAAAGCUGUCUCUACAUUCAACUUUUCACAGCCCACCGCCUGGCAGGCCGCACCUUCGACCCGACCUCCAUGGUGGACUAUUGUUCUAUACCUCCGUGCCAACUCCGUCCGCGGUCUCCUGCUACGUCCCUUCUUCUUCCCCAGUCGUUCUUCAUCUGCCUCCUCAUCCUCUUCCUCCAACUCUACAGUAUCUUCGGGAUCCGCGAACAGCAAUGCUGCUGAGGCCGGUAAACGAAAUAUCUCACCCGGACUUGAGCUCGUAUCAGACACCAUCAACAUGCUCUCCACCCUCGACCGUACGACGGACCUCUAUCGUCGGCAACACCCUCACUUCCAGCACCUUCUGGCCUCAGCCUGUGCUCUCCUCUUCCUCAUCGUCGCGUUUGUUGAGCAGAACCGCGUGGGCCUCACGACUAGCUUGCCCGAGGACUUCGCUGGAGUAGUUAAACGGAACUUCCGGAAGGCAUUCUCUUUAGCGGCAGCGUACAGCAACUCGUCGCGAGCGUCGCGCCGACUGUGGAACCGCCUUCUUAUGCUAGCGGAGCCACUCUCACGGCUAGGUAUCCUCCCACAAGAUGAGAUGACGAUUAUGGAGAACGACAUUGCUUCUCGAACUGUCGUCGCCCCAAUCCCAGACCGCAGCUUCCCUCCAUCUUCGGUAUAUUUUUCUUCUCUUCCGGCAGUAGCUCCGUUGUCGAUAAAUCCUCUGGGGGGUGUCGGCAAUCUACGCCUCAAUGGCGGCAAGGGGCCUGGCAAGUCAUCGGGCGGCCCAGCUGGAGUGGCAACCCAUGCCGUGGAAGAAUCGCCGUUGCAGGCCACUUGCCAGCCACUGGACAUAAUGGAAUCGAUAGGGUUGGCUGCCGAUAACACCGCUGUCUCGUCGACAGCUUGGACCGGGACGACACUGCAUGAUUGGCCCUGGACUGAAGUAAACAACUUUUUUUCGGAUCGGGGACCGUGA